AUAAGAGGGAUCCAAAUCCAUAACGGGGAAGCUCUCGUCUGGGGGUGUAAAACGUGAUCCGGAUUUUAGGUAUUUCGUUGUCGUUUAUCCCCUUGGUUAAACUUCCUGACCCUGCAGAAAUACCCCAGAAGGAGAACAAGUAGAAUAGGAGGAAAUGGCAAUUGCGCGAACCGGGGUGUACGUUGACGACUACUUAGAGUACGCAAGCACUUUACCCGCCGAGCUUCAGAGGCUUCUUAAUACCAUCCGAGAACUCGAUGAACGCUCCCAAUCGAUGAUAAACCAGACGGGGCAGCAGACGAAGUACUGCUUGGGACUGGCUUCACAGAGCUCAAAGAAAGGUAAUAGUAAUAACAGCUGUUCUUACUAUUACAAUAACAAUAAUAAUAGUCAAGAAGACGAGGUGGCAAUCGAGAAAAUGCUAAAGGAUAUCGAUUCGAGUCAGGAUAAUGCAUUGAGUUUAUGCACCGAGAAGGUUUUGUUAGCACGGCAAGCUUAUGACCUGAUAGAUAGCCAUGUAAAAAGACUUGAUGAGGACCUGAACAACUUUGCUGAAGAUCUGAAGCAAGAGGGAAAAAUAGCUCCAGAUGAACCAGCAAUUCUUCCCCCACUACCUAUAGUCCCUAAAAGUGAAAAACGCAAGCCUUUCUAUGUAACACCUCAAUCAAAAAGGAUGGAUUACAGGGAGAGGGAGUGGGAUCGGGAGCGUGAUAGGGAUUUCGAGCUCAUGCCUCCUCCAGGAAGUCAUAAAAAGGAAUUUUCUGCCCCAGUCGAUGUCGAUCAACCUAUUGAUCCAAACGAACCUACCUACUGUGUUUGUCAUCAGGUGUCAUUUGGAGAUAUGAUUGCUUGUGACAAUGAAAACUGCCAAGGAGGCGAAUGGUUCCAUUACACGUGUGUGGGGCUGACACCAGAGACGAGAUUCAGAGGAAAAUGGUAUUGUCCAACCUGCAAACUGUUACCGGAAUGUCAAUGAUGUUGGACGAUUGGAGCCUCUCGGUGACUUGGUCGCUGUUGUAUUUUCAGGAUCACUUUAGGAUGACAAGAAGUGUGGACAAGUUUUUUCUUUUUUCUUUUCCUUUUUCUUUUUUGUUCUAAACAAAGAAAAAAAAGCGCUCUAAAUUCCUUUUUUUUUUUUUUUGGUUCUCGAGAGAUUUUUCAGGGAAGGUCCAUGUCUAACGCACACCCUGGGACUGAUGCAUUUCCUUAGGAGUUUGCAGGGUAUUUGCCUAGAAAUCUUAGGAUUGGAAUUUAGAGAAGCAGGUACUUGAUCGGACAUAUUGUCAUUACUUUUAAUUUGUGUUUUUCAGUUCAACUUUUUC